AUCGGGGGGAGGAAGUUUGCAGUGCGCUGACGGACUUUUGGAGAGUUCAGUGUUACACGCUCUCGGUGCGUCACACGCUUGAAUCCCUCCAGUGGAAGCGCACGUCUCUAGACUGUUCUACAUGCAAACACAGCCAAGACUCCAAGUUCUACACUCCUCACACCUUCCGAUCUACCAGCUCCGAUCCGCUUCUACUUGUGGCUGCAGCGUCCUGGCCCGGAAAUGGAUGUCAUCCCUAUGUGCAGCAUCUUCCAAGAGCUCCAGAUUGUGCACGACACCGGAUACUUUUCAGCUUUACCGUCUCUGGAAGAGUACUGGCAGCAGACAUGCCUGGAGCUGGAGAGGUACCUCCAGAGUGAACCUUAUGUCUCCCCCUCAGACCUGAAGUUUGAGUGUCAGGAGGACCUGUGGAGCAAGCUGAUGCUCGCCUGUGGAGACAAGUCCACUGAGCCGGACCCAAAGAUCCCCCUCAUCAAGGACGAAGAAGACAAUCAGGACAGCCGGCUCCACUUUGACGCUGCCGGCUUCAACUCAGACGCCAGCAGCGAGGCGUCAGACAGCUCUGAAGAGCUCUCUCCAACCCUUGACUUCUCUGCCGGGUCUUUGACUGAUAUCCUGGGUGACAGUGGUGAGGACCUGGGCUCGGCCAUCAUCAGCACGCCACCGUCUUCGCCUGAGCUGGGAAAGGAGGGCUCUGUAGCCCAGGUGUGGAGUGGAAUACAGACUGUGCUGCACUCACCCGGGAAAGUAAGGACUGGGGGGUCGGAGAGGACAGUGGAGAGGUCAGGGCUGACCAGCGGGGAGGCGUCACCUGACGGCAGGAGGCGUGUACACAGGUGUCACUUCAACGGCUGCAGGAAGGUGUAUACCAAGAGUUCACACCUCAAAGCACACCAGCGUACACACACAGGUGAGAAGCCCUACAGGUGUUCAUGGGAAGGCUGCGAAUGGCGCUUUGCAAGAAGCGAUGAACUCACCAGACACUUCAGGAAGCACACUGGAGCAAAGCCAUUCAAAUGCAGUCAUUGUGACAGGUGUUUCUCACGUUCUGACCACCUGGCGCUGCACAUGAAGAGGCACAUCUAAGAUGGCCGCCCUGUUGAGAGCUCUGAGGAUGGUUUGGACUCAUGGUCCUGAACCUGUGGGGGAUCAGCGAGGCUGGUGUGUCCUGGUGGCGUUAACAGGGGCACCGCCAGGUUCCAGUCACUGGAAAAAUGUGAAGCAAUGCAGGCUAUUAUUUGCACCAUACUUAGUGCCUCCAACACCUCGCUGUGGAGAUGGCUCUUGAAAGGCUUUUUACGGAGGAGUGGGAGGGCAGGAGAAAAAAAAUGAAUUGGCGAUGGAUGGAAAGAGACUCUUCUGUCUGGUGUUGGAUGCUUUUUCCUGGAGGAUCAUGGGACUCCUGGGGGGUGCUCUUCCUUCAACGAUAGUGUGUUUGCCUGAGCGCAUGAGGACUGAGUGCCUGUGCCAGCUUUACAAAGCACAUGGAGCUUCAUUGUGGAACCGCGAGUGGAUGACGUGGACAUGUCACGAGAGGGAAAUAUUUGUUUUGGGGAGGGGGGAGUUCUAUCAGUUGUCUCACUGAGAAUGAAUGCAAGCAUAAAGAUUUGUCUGUGCUGUUUGGGUCUAAUGACUGUGGAAAGAAAUUAUUGAUGUUUUUUUUUCUUUGAGAGAGAGUGAGCUAAUUUGCGUGAGAUCACCCCCUUCUACCUGGAGAUGGAACUACAGCUCCCUAUUGAAAAAGGGGGAGGUUGUUUUGUUUAGUGCAGCUAUUAAAUGUGCAAUGUAUUACGUAAAAAACAUAUACGCUAUAAAGCUCAUUCUGUUGUCCAUUGUGUAAGCUCUGUAUCUUAAAAUAACAGUUGUACACAAACGGUCAUUUUCAUUAUAACAGACAUUGCAUGGGGGAUGCGUUGCUCACCUGUUUGCUUAUAGGACAACGAGAUUCCAUUUGAGAGCAGCUACCCACAUAUUACUCAGUAUCAUAAUGUUGUACAAAACACAUAAGGCAGUCAUUUUGGUUUGUUUUGUGUCUUGAUUCGUAAGUUGGGGAUACCACUAUUGCUUGGCAAGUGUCUUGAUCAUGGGAUUGUAUUUUUUCUUUUUCUUCACUUUUGCUCUUCUCUUGGGUUCUAUCUGUAAAUGCACUGUUGACCUUACUGAUGCCUUAUGUAAGUGGCCUUGUCCAAUUAAAUAGAUCACUCUAUCACAUACACACAACCAUGGGGGCUGUGAGAAUGCAGUAGUGUGUUAUUGAAUAGCUUUACACAGGCUCUUGUCCAGAUAGUCGCACCUUUUCCUUUUUGUCUUGCGACGGCCUCUUAAAAACUCCUAAAUAAUAAAAAUAAUAACUAUAUAUCAGCUUCAGAAUGACUGCCAUUUUUAUAUUUCUGUGCAUCAUUUGUUGAGUAUAUCACAUCAGAAUUUAACCAUAUCCUCCAAAGUGACCCAGGUCUGAGACAGAAUUGUGAGGUUUCGCAGAAAAGCAGUUAAUUUUUAGUAAGGGUUUACUACUGUGUAGUAUACAGAGCUGGUACAGAGUCUUGGAUAUAUGUUCUCAUGAAACAUGGUAAAGCUUAGAGCCACUGAGGCUGAACAGGAUUUACUGCAAGAAAAACAUUUUAGUUGGGUCCAUUUGUAUCUGUGGAUGUGUCAUAAGCUGCUUUGAGAACAAUGACAGUGUUCUCAAAGUCUGUUUGGAUGUUUUAAGUCUCACCCUCAGGUUGAGUCAGUGUCUUUAUUCUUGGUUUAAACAACCCAUCAUCUAAAUAAACAAGAACCUGAACCAGUCAGACCAGUUGAGGCUUUGCUGAUGUGAGCUGUAGGGUGGAGGUUCUACUGUUACAGGUGCACUGAGCUCACACUGGGACCAGCUGUUUGUCUGAACCAACACCUCAUAUGUCUGUGUUUUCACUGAAGUCUGUCUGAUUUCAACACAGUCCUAACAAGACUCCCAGUUGACCUCCACCACCACCAGGUCACCUGCAACCUGCAAGUGGUUUAAUGGUUAGGGUCAUGUUUGAGCCUUAAGGUUGUCUUUUAGCUUCAUGUUAAAUACAGAAAUGAGAAGCUGCUUCUUGUAAACAUGUACACUUUGACUUCUGAUGCAUUUUCAGUCAUAGGAGUAACCCUAGGAUUGGGGACAUCUGUAUAGGAUUCAUAGGGUUCGUGGGGCUUGUACUAACUCUAACCUUCAGGAACACAGCUUAGUUCAUCAAACUUCAAUAAAACAUUGUUUUCAGAAUUAAAGUUCCAUAAAAAGGAUAGACGUUAAAAAGGAUUAAGUCCCUUCAGUAUAAAAUGUCAUGACCAAAAUACAUCUUUAAAUUCAAGUUCAAAUCAGAGCAUUUCUUGGAGUUUUACAACAAUACUCUGAGGCUACAUUGUUUUGCUGGAUACCUAUAAUAGAAUUGGUUGAAAAUAAAGAGAUACAUGUAUGAAAGUCACUCAUUGAACAUCACAGGCAGCCUCACUGUCAACACCUGUACAGAUGUACCCUCGUUAUAGAACAUUAUUAGGACAUUUGUUUUCUUUUUACACUGAGAAAUGUUGAAAAUGCAAAGAUUAUGUACAUUGUAAACAAAGAGAAUUUUGUAAGGAAGUAUCUAUUUUGAAAGGGUAUGGGACCAAAAAGUGUGUUUCUAAAGAUGAACCAAUAAAGACAAGUGGCUGAAGAAUUACUGUAAUAUAUACAUAGUCAAAUCCUUUUUCAUUUACAUCUUUAUUUAUCCUUUGAUUGGUGAGCAAAUGUAUGUUCAAAAUGAGGCAUCAAUAGCACGUACACCUGUGGCCUAUCAUCUUUCAAAUACAAAUAAAACCAAAAAAAAAAAAAAAAACUUUUUAUUUUAUCAGUUGCUCUGGACACUUAAAAUGUUAUCCAGUUGUGCAUUCUGGUAACCCACUAAGUAUUAAUUUUUAUUUGUUUUUGUUUUUUGCCAUGUGUUUUCUUUCUCUGAAUCUUUUAAAGAUGUGCAAAGACGCCCUAUCUUUAGCUAGAGAAUCUUUAUUGGAUAAACAUGGAGAUAAAAUAUAAGGCUCUAUUUUUGUUUGUUUUAUGGCAUAACAAGAUUUUUUCAUUUGAAAUUGUUUUGUAAAAUAGUUUCUGUAUGAAUGUAUUUUUAUUGGAAAAAUCGAUUAAAAAAAAAAAAAUUGGA